AUGCCGCUUUUUGGAAAGAAAAAGAGUAUAAAAGACAAAGAACGAGAUCAAAAAAGUGAAUUUCGAAAAGCUAAAAGGGAGAUAGAAAGAACGAGGCAAAGCCUGAAUAAUGACGAGAAAAAAGCCCUCGCUGAAGCAAAAAAAGCAGCGAAACUUGGCCACAAAGACGUGGCAAAAAUCCAUGCAAAAGAAGUGGUCCGUAUUCGGAAGCAACGAACACGAAGCUACACCGCUGGUGCUCAAAUGAGCUCGCUGCAGAAUCAAAUGAAGGUGAUGGAGGCAAACAAUCGAAUGGCAAAAGCGAUGGGUGCUUCGGCGAAAUCCAUGGGGCAGAUGAAUAAGGGCAUGAAGGGGAUGCAGAAAGAAAUGGAGAAAUUCAAAGAGCAAGCCCUAAUCAUGGAAAACACUGAUGAUCUUCUGAACGAUGCGAUCGACUCUGCUCUUGGUGAUGGCCCCGAUUCGGAUCAAGAAGUCAACGACGUUCUUGGCAAGAUCUUCGGAGAACUGGAUCUCGAAGUCGGAGGAAAUAUGCCCGUCCUACCGGGCCACAACCCUGCAUUAUCGACUGCGAGUACUCAGCCGCCCAAUUUAGAUGAUUCGGAUGAAGAAAAUCCUUACGAUUCAAGAAGAUAA